AUGGCACGCACUCGAUCGGCGUUCCUGCGCGGCGCGGCCGCAGCCGCCGGACUUUGCCUGGCCCUCCAUGCCGCUCGCGGCUUCGUCGCCCCACGGGGCACCGGAGCCGAGCUGCGCACGGAGGAGCUCCGCGGUGCCGUGAGGCCCAUGGGUGCCGCGGCCGGCGAGCAGAGCCCCGCAUCCCUCACGGCCCCAGCGGCCACGGCAGCGGUGCCGGGUGCCUUCUCGGGAUCCACGCUGCUCACGGCCGGGCUCUUCACGGCCCGCAGCAUGGUCAGCGUCUGUGCGCAGGUGGCCCGCCAUGCCAAGGCGCCUGUCAGCGAAUUCGGCGCCCCCAGCGGCGCCCGAAACUUCCAGGAAAUGGCCCUUGGCUUCACCACCGACAUCGCCAAGAACAACUUGGGAGAGUCUUUCUACAGGCCCUGGGUGCCCUUUGUGACGACCAUCUUCCUCUUCAUCUUCGUGAGCAACUGGUCCGGCGCCCUGAUCCCCUGGAAGCUCUUUGAGAUCCCGGCAGGUGAGUUGGCGGCCCCGACCAACAACAUCAACACCACCGUGGCCCUCUCCCUGCUCACCUCCCUGGCCUACUUCGGAGGUGGCAGCGGAGAUUGUCGAUGGGGUGCUGUAGUCUUGUAA